AAAAAAUGAAAGCUGUUAGAUCUCUGCGAAUACUAUUCUCCAUCUCACGAAAGACAACACUUACUAGUGAAACCCAUCUUCCUCAGAACUUCCUCCACCGGUUUUACUCGGCGCAGCCGAAUCUAGACGAACCCACUUCCGUCAACGGAGACUCUGUUUUCGAUAGCAGCCAAUACUCAAUCGAAUAUCCCGUGAGGAAGCCCAAGCAACCCAAUUGGGAUAAAGGGUACAGAGCAAGAGUACAGAGAGAGCUGUUUCCACAAGAGAAACACAGCUCGGAAGAAGAAGAUGAUGAUGAGGAUGAUGAUAGUAUUGAUCGGUCGAGGAUUCUCGCAAAGGCUCUUCUUGAGGCGGCGCUUGAGUCAGCUGAUGACGAACUCAGUGAAGGUGAGGUUCGAGAAGAAGACCAGAAGUCGCUUAACGUCGGGAUCAUCGGCCCACCAAACGCCGGCAAAUCUUCCCUCACUAACUUCAUGGUUGGAACAAAGGUUGCAGCUGCUUCACGGAAGACCAACACGACUACCCAUGAAGUGUUGGGAGUGUUGACAAAAGGGGAUACACAAGUUUGUUUCUUUGAUACUCCGGGUUUAAUGUUGAAGAAAAGCGGAUAUGGUUACAAAGACAUCAAGGCUCGUGUGCAAAAUGCUUGGACCUCGGUUGACCUGUUUGAUGUCCUCAUUGUUAUGUUUGAUGUCCACAGGCAUCUCACCUGUCCGGAUUCAAGAGUUGUACGCUUGAUCACAUACAUGGGAGAGGAAGCAAAUCCAAAACAAAAGCGCAUUUUAUUUAUGAACAAAGUUGAUUUGGUUGAGAAGAAGAAGGAUCUGUUAAAGGUUGCUGAGGAGUUCCAAAAUCUCCCGGCAUAUGAAAGGUACUUCAUGAUAUCAGGACUUAAGGGAUCUGGAGUCAAAGAAGUUAGCCAAUAUUUAAUGGACCAGGCAGUACAAAAACCAUGGGAGGAAGAUCCAUUCACAAUGAGUGAAGAAGUGAUGAAGAACAUCUCUCUUGAAGUUGUUAGGGAGAGAUUACUAGACCAUGUUCAUCAGGAAGUACCAUAUGGCGUGGAGCACCGUCUAGUAGACUGGAGAGAGCAGCGAGACGGGUCUCUAAGGAUCGAGCAGCAUCUCAUCACUCCUAAACUUAGCCAACGCAAGAUUCUUGUGGGCAAGAGCGGUUCCAAAAUCGGGAGGAUAGGAAUAGAGGCUAAUGAAGAACUCAGGAGAAUAAUGAACCGUAAAGUUCAUCUCAUCCUCAAGGUAUUGCUCAAGUGA